AUGAAUGAUCCGCUCCGCCCCGGCCUUCAGCCGAUAUCUCAUCUUAAGGCUGGGCCGACAACCUCCAGCUCCAGAUCCACCGCGCUGCCUUCCCCAACGACGCUUCAGCCUCCUUCGCGUCCUUCAUCUCGACUCCGUACACAAAGAGAUACUGGCAAGGAUGACCUGGACUCCGUUAGUGACAAGGCCACCACCGCUCUAAUCCGACGCGUUCUAUGCCCCCAGACAAGCAGCCACGGAGCAUCUUCCCCACAGCCUCCGGAAGAGCUGUUACCUCCCCUCACGAGCUCCAAUGACGUUGAUCGUCAACUCUACGCCCUUCUCGCCAUCAUAAUAAAAGAAUUUGUUUACUCGUGGUACUCGAAGAUCACCCCCGAUCAGGCUCUUGUGAAUGAGGUUCUACAAGUAAUCGCGCAUUGCACGCGUGCACUCGAGCAGAGGCUGCGCCAAAUCGACGUUGCACAAUUAGCCCUGGAUGAGAUCCCUAGCCUGGUGGAAGCACAUGUAAUCUCAUACAGACUGGCCAGGCAACAGUCACAUCUUUCUGGUCUACCGACAUCAUACCGUACAAUCUAUCAUGAGCUAAAUCCACACCCUGGUCUUUCUCCAGUACCUGAUCCAGGAGAUCCAGAUACAAUUGUCGAGCAGACAGACAACGAAGCGGUCUAUCGCCGACUACUCGCCAACGGUAUCCUAGCAGUUCUUCUUCCAACGGAAGAUCUCGAGAACAGCAGUCUCCGAGCGCUUGUGGUUGAUAUCAUAGCAGACCUCAUUCUAGGAAACCAAGUCAGUGGCAGGGCAUGUGAAGGAUGGUUCAUUUGGGAAACUAUGGGCAAACUCGCCGCUCAAGUGGGACACCGUCAAAACCAAGAUGACACAAAAUCUGCCCCGGACGCUGGAAUCAAUCGACUAGAAAAAUUCGGCUUGCUUUCAACCGAAGAUGAGCAGCUCCUGGACCAGCCAUCGGCGUCGUUCUCGGCCACUGCUUGGAUAUGGAACCUUCUGCAGACGGUUUAUCUUGGUUACGUCGUCUUGCGUUUCAUUGCGAUAGGUUUAUUUCGUGUUGCAUCGAGUCCAGGCCCUUCUUCGCACGGUGUUGGUGUUUCACCUGCCUUACCCAUCAACCAAAAAAGAGAUGGGAUGGAGUCGUCCGAUGGCAUCACAAGUAGGCGGCCGGUUCUCGACUACCGGAUGUAUGCCAUGAUUUCGCAGAUACUGGGACUCUCAUGGAGAAUGCCAUGGCUGAGCGGAUUGCUUGCCCUGUCCCAAUACCUUAUUUUAGCAGGCCAAGGCAGGGUCGGUGCUACGGACGGAAUCUUAGAUAGAUUCCUCCGGGAGACUAUCGAGGAGUACGUGCUGACCCCCACUUUGUUGCCCAACCUUCUUAUUGUAACAAGGACCGCCUUGUUCCCGGCCAAUACCCGUCCAAUAUCUCAGAUAGCGGCCGGGAAUAUUGAAGCUCCGUCCUCGGCUCUACAGUCUGUGCAGACCCCGACGCCCAUUCAGCAAGCCUUCGCACCCACGGCCUCAAAUACUCCUAUUGUGGAAGGACUCAGGGGCCCUGAUGCCGGUGUCAUUAAUAAAACCAAUAAUGCGGGUAACAGCAGCAACGGCGGCAAUAAUGGGAGGGGUACCUCAACAUCCACCUCAGGCCGCCCAUCGUCACUUUCUGCCAUUGCAGCCGAUGUCCCAACACCAUCAGAGCUAAAUGACCCGGCCGAAACCGUAAAAAGGAACGGCCCAUCUAGGACGGAGAUCGCCGCUAUCAAGCGACGAUGUGCAGCUAGUCUCCUGGCCGUGAUCCCGCGCUCCGUCGUACGAACCUUCCUUGGUGUUCCCUCGUCGGCGCCUCCACCGCAUUGCAGUAGUGAUAGUACCUGCAGCACCAACAGUUUGCCCCAUCUCGUUACGUCGUCCCCACCAACUCCCCCAAGGGCGCCCCAUGAAUCUUUCCAGGAGGGGAAGGAAAAUCUGGCGCCGUCGCAUUCGCAUUUGCCUUCGGACCCCUGUCUAGUUGCAUGUGGUCACCUUGCCGCUGAGCGGCUGCGCACAGACGAUGAUCCGUCUGCGGGGAUUGAUCGCGAGGAAUUACAUUUCCUAGACACAAUCGAGAAAGAUUUUCUAGACCUCUUUGCAGAUGAGUACUGCAAUAAACAUCUAGUCUGGAGCAUUAUCGAGACAGUGCUGGCCAAGGUACUCCCUGAAAUGGCUGAGCGCAGUGUUGAAGAUUUACUGGAGGAUCGUGGGGUAGCGUCAGUGCCGCCUGCAUUUGUAUAG